CCAAUGACGAGCGCGCGUGCUCGUUAAACGGCUGUAUUUUCCGAACGCAGCCGACAAUCGCGCAUAGGAGCGCGAUAUCAAUAUCCGCCUGCAUCUCCGGCCGUGUGUUCUGGCCUCGAUGUUCCUCGCGCGUCGUUGCACGUGUUGGUGUGCGCCGUCGCUCGUCGUCGCUCGUUGUUGCUCGCUGUCGCUUUGUGAGUCAGCAAAAAGGGAAGGGAGUAUCGGCGAGUAUCGGCGAUAGCUCGUCGUCGCGGCUGUAACGACUAUCAUUAGCGAGUACCGUGAGAAACGGCGGCACACUGCUCGGAAGCGUCACACAGCGAAGCGAGCGAAGUUGCCAACAAACCGCGCGGAGCGAUGUCCAGUGACGAGAAGAAGUCGUUUCGCCGGCUGCCGUUGUGCGUGCGUCCUUAUCACUACGAUAUCUCCCUGGUGCCGAAUCUCACCGCGUUCACCUUCGACGGCACGGAGAAUGUGUACCUCGACGUGAUAUCUCCAACAGAUACCAUUGUUUUGAAUUCUUUGGAAAUUAACAUAAAAAAUGCAACUUUUAAUGGAAAUGAUGAUAAAAUCAUUACUGCUAAGAAAAUUGAACUAUCAGCAUCAGAAGAAACAGCCACCUUAAUGUUUUCUGAAGCUCUGCCAUCUGGUAAAAGUGGAUAUCUGAAUAUAGAAUUCGUGGGUGAGAUUAAUGAUAAAAUGAAAGGCUUUUAUAGGAGCAAAUAUACUGGAGAGAAUGGUACAAUUGAACAUGCGGCGGUUACCCAGUUUGAGCCAACAGAUGCUAGACGUUGCUUUCCCUGCUGGGAUGAACCAGCACUAAAAGCCACAUUUGACAUUACACUGAAAGUACCAAUCGGUCUUACAGCACUUUCCAAUAUGCCCGUGAAAAACAAAGUUACAAAUGGCAAUUACGAGACCUUGACUUUUGAAAGCACGCCUAUUAUGUCAACAUAUUUAGUGGCUGUAGUAGUGGGCGUUUUUGACUACAUAGAGGACAUGUCGAGUGACGGUGUGUUGGUUCGAGUUUAUGUGCCCAAAUCCAAGAAGGAACAAGGCCAAUUUGCUUUGGAAGUAGCUACCAAGGUGCUGCCUUAUUAUAAGACUUAUUUUGGUAUCGCGUAUCCUCUGCCGAAGAUCGAUCUCAUAGCGAUUGCCGAUUUUUCAUCCGGCGCUAUGGAAAAUUGGGGACUUGUAACGUAUCGCGAAACCUGUCUGCUUGUGGAUCCACAGAAUACAUCGGCAGUGCGCAAACAGUGGAUUGCAUUGAUAGUAGCACACGAGUUGGCACAUCAAUGGUUCGGUAAUCUUGUGACAAUGGAAUGGUGGACGCAUCUAUGGCUAAAUGAAGGCUACGCGUCAUUUGUCGAGUUUCUCUGCGUCGCGCAUUUGUUCCCAGAAUAUGAUAUCUGGACGCAAUUUGUGACGGAUACGUACAUCCGAGCAUUAGAAUUGGAUGCUUUGAAGAACAGUCAUCCGAUUGAAGUACCGGUCGGUCAUCCAUCAGAGAUCGAUGAAAUCUUCGACGACAUAUCGUAUCACAAAGGUGCUUCUGUGAUUCGUAUGUUGCAUGCAUAUAUAGGUGAUGAUGAUUUUAGAAAGGGUAUGAAUCUAUAUCUAAAGAGACAUAGCUAUGCCAAUGCGGAGACCGAGGAUCUUUGGGCCGCCUUAGAGGAAGCCAGUAAUAAAGCAGUUCGUAGAGUGAUGUCAUCAUGGACCAAGAGACAAGGUUUCCCCGUCGUUAAAGUCGACUAUCGUCAAGAAGGCAACGAUAGGAUCUUAUCCUUAUCUCAAGAGAGAUUUCUGGCCGACGGAUCGAUAGAUAAUAAUGUGGACUCAUGGCUUAUACCGAUAAGCGUGAGCUCUUCACAAGAUCCGAAUAAAACUAUAUUCGACGAUGUAUUAGACGCGAAAACCAAGGAAUUUGUUAUUAAAGAUGUUCCUGAGGGCACAUGGUUGAAGAUCAAUCCUGGUACGAUUGGCUUCUAUCGAACUCGUUACAGCCAGUCUGCUCUGUCACUUUUGUUACCCGCAAUUAAGAAUCACACGUUACCUCCUUUGGACAGAUUAGGUUUAUUAGAUGAUCUCUUUGCAAUGGUACAAGCUGGUUACGCAUCCACUGUAGAAGUGCUCGAAUUAACGCAGGCAUUUCUACAUGAGGACAAUUAUACCGUUUGGUCCAAUAUAGUGAAUAUUCUAAGCAAAAUUGGCAUUCUCAUUUCGCACUUAGACUUUGAAGAUUCUUUCAAAGCGUUCGGACGUAAAUUAUUUCACGAUGUUAAUGCCAGAUUAGGUUGGGAUCCCAAGCCGAAUGAAAGUCAUUUAAACACGUUACUUAGAUCUCUUGUGCUAGGCCGCAUGGCAGCUUUAAACGAUCAAGAUACUAUCGAGGAAGCGAAAAGAAGAUUCGAGCUACAUGUGAACGGCACAACGACGCUCGCUGCUGAUUUGCGUAGUCCAGUUUAUCGAGCUGUGCUUUCUGUAGGUGAUGCUAACACUUACGAGACUAUGAUAAAACUGUAUAAAGAGGCCGAUCUUCAAGAGGAGAAAGAGCGAAUUUUACGAGCUCUUGGUGCAAUCAAAGAUGAAGCUUUGCUAAGAAAGGUUCUAGAUUUUGCUAUGAGUGAGGAAGUCCGUGCUCAAGAUACGGUAUUUGCCAUUAUGUCUGUAGGUUUGUCCUACAAAGGACGUCUCAUGGCAUGGAAUUUCUUCAAGGAGAAAUGGAAGACUCUGUUAGAUCGUUAUGAGGGCGGCUUUUUAUUGGCACGGUUGGUUAAGUUCACUACGGAAAACUUUGUCAGUGAAGAACAAGCCAAAGAUGUGGAGAGCUUCUUUGAAAAUCAUCCAACUCCAGGCACCGAAAGAACGGUACAGCAGUGCGUGGAGUCCAUUAGAUUGAACGCCGCAUGGCUCGCUCGAGAAAAAGACUCGAUCAAAAAAUAUCUGACUACUCAAGUCUAGUAAAGGCACUUCUUUCUCUGUUACCUUGAUAAUAUAUUGGCAUAAUUCGAAACAACAAAA